AAGACAAUCUAAUCUCACCCUUUCAGACCUUAUCUCUCUCCAAUGGCCAUCCCCAGUUCUCCAGACUGGUCUGUGGCUUCCUCCAUCAACUAUUCCAAAACAACAACAACCCACCAGUCUGUCUUUCCCUUGGAUUCAAAAUGUAAAUCCUUACAUUUUCUGUGUCUUCCAUUCAGAAAUUUGAGAGUUUUCAUACCCAACUCCACUGGUUGCCCAUCACCCAUCUUGGAAGACCCAUCAUCAUCAACAACCCAACCACCACCAAUCCUUCCAUUGAACCCCAAAAUUCAACAUUUUACAGCAGAAGAUGAAGAUGCCCAUUUUCUUUCUGGGGGGGACGUAAAUGGUUUCAUAUGUAGUUUGUUUGAAGACCCCCAAACCCAAGAACUUGCAUAUAAUUUCUAUGAAAAAGCAAAGCAAAACCCAGAUUAUGAGUUCCUACCCAAGAAAUCGACUCUAAACUAUCUGAUCAGGUACUUGAUACGUUCAAAGAAGUGGAGUUUAGUUACUUCAAUCUGCCAAGAUUUCAAAACUUUCCAUGUGUUCCCUGAUAGCUUUUCUUGCUGUAGAUUAGUCAGUUACUGUGUUAGAGCUAGAAAAUUCAAACUUGCACAUACUCUGCUACAAGUUUUCAAAACUGACAAUGAAAUUGCCACUUUGGCCUUUGAUUCAGCCAUGAAAGGCUAUAACAAGCUUCACAUGUAUAGCAGUACUAUUGACCUCUAUGGCCUUAUGAAAUCUUCUGGAAUUGUUCUAGACCUCGGAUGCUAUUCCCGGGUGAUGGAAGCUUAUAUGAAAACUGGUGAUUUUGACAGAGUUGUUUCAUUGUUUGAACAACUUGAAAGUAGAUCAUCUACAACAAUAAUUGAUUCAACAUCAUCACCAAAACCAAUUUUUAGGGAAAUUUACGGGAUUUUAUGUGAGUCGUUGGGGAAAUCGGGGCGUGCUUUUGAAGCUCUCGAGUUCUUCAGAGACAUGAAAAAGAAGGGUAUUCCAGAGGAUCAUUCAAUUUACUCUUCCCUGAUUUGUUCAUUUGCUAGAAUUCGAGAAGUUAAGAUAGCAGAAGAGCUUCUCAUGGAAGCAGAGAGCAACAAGAUGUUGAGAGAUCCAGCGGUUUUUCUGAAACUGGUUUUGAUGUAUGUUGAAGAAGGAUUGUUAGAGAAAACCAAGGAAAUCGUUGCUGCGAUGAAGCGUGUGAAAAUCAGAGUCUCUGAUUGCAUUUUCUGUGCAAUUGUGAAUGGCUUCUCCAAGAGGAGAGGGCUUAGAGCUGCUAUUGAAGUUUAUGAAGAUAUGAUCUUGGAGGGUUGUGAACCGGGCCAAGUGACCUAUGCUUCGAUUAUAAACGUGUAUUAUCGUCUUGGGCUGUAUCUAAAAGCAGAGAAGGCAUUCUCAGAGAUGGAAAACAAAGGGUUUGAUAGAUGUAUUGUGGCCUACUCUAACAUGGUUGCAAUGUAUGGUAAAGCAGGUAAGCUUAGAGAUGCAAUGAGACUCGUAGCCAAAAUGAAGGAAAGAGGGUGUGAGCCAAAUGUUUGGAUUUACAAUUCUCUGCUCGACAUGCAUGGAAGGCUCUUGAAAUUGAGGCAGGUGGAGAAGAUAUGGAAAGAGAUGAAGAGAAGGAAGAUUGUGGCCGAUAAGGUGAGUUACACGAGUGUCAUAAGUGCUUAUAGUAAGGCAAGGGAGUUCGAAACGUGUAUGAAAUAUUACCAUGAGUUUAGGAUUAACGGAGGUGUGAUUGAUAGGGCAAUGGCCGGAAUCAUGGUUGGUGUGUUCUCUAAGAUGAGUCGGAUUGAUGAGUUGGUAAACCUUUUGCAGGAUAUGAAAACAGAAGGAACUCAGUUAGAUGGGAGGCUCUAUCGCUCCGCUUUGAAUGCUUUGAGGGAUGCUGGGCUUCAAGUCCAAGCAAAAUGGUUGCAACAGAGCUUUGGCACCAUGUAAUGUAAUGUACGUGCGUCAGUACUGCUGAUCGAAAAAGAAAAAAAAAAAAAAGAAGUUGCAUAGAUAGAAGGGAUCGAAUUGUACUUAAUUCUUUAAAUUGUAUGUUAUGAUAUUUUAUUGGCAAUGAAUACGGAGAAAUCAGAAGGUUGAUGACA